AGCUAAAAUUACAAAGCUGCUGCCUGUCACACAUAAAAACAAUUGUCUCUGUCCUUUGUGCUUUCAGUAGCUGUCUUGACCCACAGGCAACACCUCAGGUUUCACAAUGGCGGACGAGUAAGCUCCUGCUCCAUUGCCCCCCCGGGUGCAAGCCAAGCCGAAGUCGAAGAUUUCUGCAUCUCGAAAACUCUCCCUAAAGAUCCUUUUGCUUCAAAGAGCCAUGGAGGAGUUGGAACAGGAGACGGUCAGUCGCGAUGAGGAGAAGGUGAAAUAUCUGAGCGAGAAACUUCCGCCUCUUCAGAUAACCGGCCUCCCAAUGGAUGAGCUGCAGAAACUGUGUCGGCAACUCCACGCUAAAAUCGACGUAGUGGAUGAGGAGAGAUAUGACUUUGAGGCCAAAGUGAAUAAAAACAAUAGAGAUAUCCAUGAGCUGAAGCUGAAGGUGCAAGAUUUAGGAGGGAAGUUCAAGAAACCUGCCCUGAGGAAGGUACGCGUGUCUGCAGAUGAGAUGAUGAGGGCGCUGCUGGGCUCCAAACACAAGGGCUCCAUGGAUCUUAGAGCCAACCUCAAAUCUGUGAAGAAAGAAGACAUUAAACAAGAGAAGGUUAUGUCGACGGAGGUGGGUGACUGGCGUAAGAACGUUGAGGCCAUGUCUGGUAUGGAGGGCAGGAAGAAGAUGUUCGAUGCUGCUGGUGGAGGACAGUAAUAGGAUUGUAUAUAAAAGUGUUUAUAAUUGUGUAUAUGUAUGCCUGUGUGUUUGUUAUUAGUGACGGGUAAUGUCAAAAUAAAGAAAAUCGCCUGAAACGAGUCACCAGUAAAAAAUAAACCAUAUGCAUUAAUACAAAUCUCAAAAGAAAAUUUGUAACUGUAUGUUUAAUGUUACGUCAAUGUAUACUACUGACCCAUUUAAGGUAAAUAAAAUUUUAAU